GAGUUCGAUGCCAUGCGCUUAAAAAAACAGUGUCUCAUUCGAGUCGACUGAUUUGAACCACCUCCCUUGUCACCUCACCUUAACUAAUUAACCCUGAGGUGAUGUCGAUGAACUUGUGACGUGUAAUAAAAUUCUUAAUACGAAAUUAGGUAUUGUGACCCCCUGGUGCAGGUUAAAAAAUUCCCCUGGCAGCGAAAGGGUUAAUAAAGCCCGAAAUAAGCCCCGGACUCCCUCGACUUGCAAUCGGAUGCAGGUGCACGCGAAGUUUGGGGUGCCCAGCAAAAAUGCAACCUGACCAGUUCUUUCGAUGAUUUGCAGAUUACACGCAGCCUCGCGAUGGUGUCGAGACGAAAGAUCCUUUCCCGCUCGAGGGACAACCUCGCCGACGCUCAGUACGAGGACCAGGAAGAGGAGGAUGUCUGGUACAACUUGGACAAACUCUACAAGGACCACAUACAGGAGGUCCUGGACAAGUGGAAUCAAAUCGACGACGAGAUCUGGGCGAAAGUGAUCGUCUUCGAGAGAAACAGACGCGUGGCGAAGGCGUACGCUCGUGCACCCGUUCUCACCGUAAACGGCUCCAACGACGGAUUCGACGGAUUUAGGAUAGGCCUGUGCGGCUUCGACAAUCCCAUGCGCGACCCCAAAACGGAGGAAGCCAAGCGACACAUCAAUCAAGGAGUGAAAAUAAAAAUGGACGAGCAAGGUAACAUAUUAAUCAAGAGGUUGUGCAAGAGCAACGUCUACGUAAGAGCGACAAAUCAAGAGAACAACGCGAUCGGCCCCGAGAUCAUGCGGAACUCUCAGGGCGCCCUGGAACACGAGAAGCCCGGAAAGCUGUUCGACAUGAACAAAUACCAAACAAACCUCUCUCGAGAAACACGGUGUGCAUACCCGGACAGACGGAGACUGGAAACGCAAUGUCUAAGCGCCAUUGUCUUCGUUCGUACAGAAGCCGACCUGUUGCAAUGUCCAGUCUGGGUCCUUAUCGUCAACGUCGUGGGACUGGACAUGCUCAAGUCAAAGCUGCCGCCAGUCCUAGCCCUCCAGAGGCCCGUCGACAUAAAGAACCGACCCAGGAUCCCGAUCCCCGACGAGGACCCCUACAGCGUGGCAGGAGCCUCUUCCUCUGGACCAAGCGAAGGUCUGCAGUCCAGCAGGGAAUCGAAAGAGCCGAUAUACGGUCAAUCCACGAGUUACCAUCAGAGACGAGCCGAAAGACCGCCUAAGCUUCCUCCGAGGGAAAACCUCUACGGGCACGACAUUCCCAAGCCGGACUACGACGAUAUCGAGGAUGACUAUGCCAGCUCAAUCAGACCGGUCAUAACGGGCGACGAGAAGAAGGGAAAGAAAGACGACAGCAAGAAAUACGAUGAUCCGUAUUACUGCGGCCUGAGAGCACGAGUGCCGAAUUUCGUCAAGAUGGCGAAGAACGGCCACGGGAAGCUUCUUUCUCCGUACGGACACGCCCGACCGCAACCAGCACCGUCUUACGUUGGAGCUGGAUACACGAAUAGUCACAGUCAGUCCUCCCAAAUCUAUGGACACCAUCACCAUCACGUACCCGGGAAAAGACCGCCGAUCGUGUACCACGCCAGAAGCUUCGAGAGCGGCCUCGAUUCGGACGACAGAACUGAUUCUCCGUACAACCAUAUUUAUGGUAGGCUACCCAUCCCGACGAGGGGCGUGAUACCGCCGGCACCGCGUGCUAUGUAUAUCGGAGAAUGGGAUUAAGUUUAAGUAAUAUCUCCGUAUUUGUACCUACAAACUGUAUAUUGUUAAUAUACCACAUAAAUACUCAUAUUUUUCAUGCCAGCAUCAUCGUCCUCUUUAUUCUCUCGGACGGACGAGAUUGCGCGCCUACUUUCGCAUCCGAAUACGAAAACGCGACUUUACCACCCUAAUGUCUGGUCUAAAUAAACAUACUCAUUGUUAUCGUUCAAUAACGUGCUUCAUUGCACUAAUUAUCCAUGAUGAAUUAACCCGUCAUGACAUUUGUUAAUGACAGCGAGCACCUUUUAAAAUAUCGCAACGAAAGAGUCGUCAGUGGUUAUUCUUAAGUAAUUUUAUGUUAUAUCAAGAAGAAAUCAGUCCGUAGGCUUUCGGUACAUCGUUAGCAGAAUUAAUAUACCUGGCGUUAUUCCAUAAUAACUCUCGCAAUCUCGACCGAAGAAGGCACACUUCGUUAACUUUUCAUUAUCGAUAUUCAUCGAGUACAUCUUCUAUACCCUAAUAACUGGCUACGUAUUGACAUUAUGCAACGCGUCAUUAAAGUACUUAAUACACUCACUUGAUCAUCGGAAAGAUGCUUCAGUGCAUUACGAAUAAAGAAGUACAAAUGCUACCAUGAAAAUGGUACGUAUUAUUAGGACUCUUUCGAAUAAUAUCAGGUUUCAU